CUCGUGAUUGUUGUUUUAAUUAUCGUAAUGUUGCUAAUUGUAAUUCUAAUGAUCCUGGUCAUUUUAUUCCUUGUACUUCUGAUGGUGGUUGUCCUAAUGCUAAGGGUGGUGAUGUUGCUUGUGUUCGUCCUGGUAAUUAUUAUGGUGUUCGUCAUGGUAGUGUUGUCAAAGAAAGAACAAUUAAUGUUCGAGAAUAUUUUGUUGAAGAUAUUAUUCAAUUACUUGGUUUUCAACUAAUCACUUUAAUACCAACAAGUCAAAAACAAACUAAUAAAAAUCGAAAAUUGCAACAUUAUGAUAAUGGUUAUCAUCAACGAUAUAAACAUUCAUAA